UAAUGUCGGAAUGAUAUAUGGCUGGUCGCCAGUGGUGUAGUGGUAGUUGAUGAGGUGGGUGUACUGCUAGGUAGAUAGGUAGGUUAUUGAUGAGGAAGUAGGCAUACUCUCCUAUAUAUUACAAUGGCAUUUUAGCUGAUAGGUCGGUAUACUGUAACUGGAUAGAAAAAGAAGUGGAUAUACCCCGUACACCUGAGUAUACCCUCCACUACACCACUGCCAGUCGCCAUUAUAGUUUAACGGCAGCUGCAGGCGUCAGGGACAAAUGCAGCGAGACGAGAACUUCUGUUCUUGUAGCUUGCUGCUUGGUCUUUUUUCCUAAACCCAACCAUGUGUUUUUGUCGCCUUAACCUAACCACGUGCAUUAGCUGUUGAAAGAAGAAAAACAUCAAUUUGCGGUGUUGUACCGACAUAGCGUGUUUAUUUUGAAAGAGACUGUAUGUAAAAGGUAAAUUUCCUGUGAAAACAGAAGUGUAUUUUGAAAGAGAGAACGUCACAAAGUGUCCCAGAACGUCAACAACCAACCGAACCCGGGGUACCUUGCACAUCGUAUCUGGAUGCGGAAAGUCCAUGACCAAAUGUCGGGGGAAGUCCCUGAUCGGGCAGUGAGUUCUUACCCAAAUGAGCUUCCAUACUGAAAUACGGGCCUAUCUCACUCUCAUCUUCAAACCAAGGAUUCUCCCACCACUUCUUCAUCUCGCCAGUGUGAGUGUCAUCAGAGCUGAUGGGUAGAAGCUGCCGUGAAGGUCAGUUCUGGGAUAACUUGCUCACAAGAUGUAUAGGCUGUCAAACGAUAUGCAAAGAUGAACGUGUCGAUCCCAAAUGCACCAGUUACUGUGAAUCUGCACAUUGUAAAGCACGGCCUGGCCACUACUAUGAUGGGCUGCUAAAGAAAUGUGUAAAGUGUGAUGAGGUUUGCGGUGGACCUCCAGCAGAAUGUUCCCAGCACUGCCAGAAGAUAUUCUUACCAUCUAUCCCCCAAGCACCACAAGUUCCAGUGACCACCAAAAAGCUCUCGGUUGAGGUUAUGUCAUACAUGCCGAAUUCCAGAGGGACCUUUAUGCCAACAACCUUAGAAGACUCGACUAUUCUGCUCUAUUCUCUGCUGGGCCUGUGCAUGGUGCUGCUGUUCUCUAGCUUGUCUUUAGCCAUGGUAGUCUUAGUGAGAAAAACCAAGGCCAAAACCUCCAACCCAGGACCCAGAGAGGCUAACCACAACCAGGAGAGUGCGGUCCAGAUAGGUCAGGAAGUUGGCCGACCUGGGCAGAGCUCUACAGGGGUCGGGAAGGGGCUGGAGCCUAUCCCAGCUGACAUUGAGCGAGAGGCGAGGUACACCCUGGACAGGUCGCCAGACUAUCACAGGGUUGACUCUGUGCUCACUGGAAAUGAUUUUAUAACAAAUUCAUACCGCACCACUGACCGCGAGCCAUCAUAUGACUCCAGCCCUACAGAAACCUGCAUCUGUGUCCACUGUUUCCCCGAUCUGAAAGCACUAGGCCAGGGCAACGACAGGCCACCAAGAGCACCUUACACAUUCUACCAGCAACCUGCAAUUCAUAAAGCCCAGUUCCAAAAUGGAGGACCUGUCUGGACUGAGGAGAACCUAUACACCUCAGGAAUGGAGAUGCAGGAGGAGCCUGCACUGGGAUGAGGUUCAUCAGUUGUCUCAUAGGACAAGUGGAGUGUCCCCAGACCAUAGGAGAAGAUUGUCAGUGUAUUGAAUUUUCAGUCAUACAUGGAUACUGUCACAAGGCAGUAAAAAGCAUAUGUAAAGAGUAUCACUGAAAAUUAAUCAACGAGUUAACCUAUCAAGAUCAUGUCCUUUCCCUAAUUGGAGGGACCAAGUGUGUCCAGGAGCUUCUUACCAGGUAUUUUUGGGCUUACCGAGCACCAAUGUUAAGGCCCUAACACACCAAUUUGACAGCAAAGAAAAGACUGACUAAUGCUUUGCUUCACGUUGCCUCAUGACUUCUGAAACAAAUGGAAACAUCAAGGGACAAAACAAAGUAGCUAACUAUUUACAUGACACUGAAUCUCUGAAAUGAUCUUAUCAUAUGCAAAUUGUGGAAAGUUUCUGCUGGCACUGUUAGGUUUUGCUUUUCAGCUAAUAAUCCUGUCAUUGUGGAAGAACAAAGACAAGACGGAGGUGAACAAUACAGAGAAAUGGGUGAAAUCCCUGCUCCACUGGGCCGACAGUUCUCUCUAAUUGACUGCCUCUGAUUCCACAAGUCAAACAGCUGUGACAAGGACUGACUAGUGCCAAUGGAGGAAACCUACCAGUUACGGUCACCCACACAAGAUCAAUGAUGACCCAACAGCAUCUGAUUGCUAACUGUUAUCUUGGCAUGUCACAUCAC